GGUCCUAAUGUGUUGUCAUGGCAAACGUAGUAACAGGAAAUACAUAGACUACAUUGUCCCUCAGGGACUAUGUCAGUACUGCUACCAAUGUAUAAAUUGAAGGUGAGCAGCUAGGACUGAGCUGUUAUGCUCCUUAAUUUGACCAGAUUUAGUCAGCUUGAUGUUAAAUUGCAAACUUCCUGAUAAAUAUAUUAAAACACCACAAAAUCCAACUGAAAUUCAAGGAAAAGAAACACUGUGGUGUUACCAUUAACUGGCCAAGGGAGUAGUACUAGUUUAAUCUGGCUAUAAGUCUUAAAACCUCCUGUGUAAGAUACUUAGACCUAUUCAUAGACAUUCAGUCUGUAUCACUACUCGUGCAGUAACAACAUUAAAAACAGCACAGUUCAAGAAGAAGGGCCAGACUUAAAAAUCUGGAAUUACUAGGCUAAAUUGUUUGCUCUGGGAUAGUCAAUAAUUUUUUCCCCAACUACAACUGACAAAAUGUGGAAAGAGUUAAAGAAAAACCAGCUAGUGAAGUACGGUGCUGUGGCUACAGUGACAACCAUCAUGCCGUUUGUCUCUAAACCAGGCUAUGUUUUGCUACGAAAGUGGGUUGCCGGUGGAAUAUGCCGCAGCUGUGUCAAACUGCAUGGAAAAACAGUGGUUGUCACUGGUGCCAACACUGGGAUCGGCAAGGAGACAGCCAGAGAUAUGGCCAUGAGAGGAGCUCGUGUGAUCUUGGCUUGCCGAAACCUCACCCGGGGAGAGUCGGCUGCAGCGGAGAUCCGCAGUUCCACAGGAAAUUGUAAUGUGAUUGUGCGACAACUGGACCUGGCCUCCCUUGGGUCGGUACGACAGUUUUCCCAGGAAUUCCUUGCCACAGAGACCCGUCUGGACAUUCUAAUAAACAAUGCUGGUAUAAUGCUGUGUCCCAAAAUUCUCACAGUGGAUGGUUAUGAGAGUCAAUUGGCUGUCAAUCACCUCGGUCACUUUCUACUGACCAAUCUGCUCCUGGACAUGCUGAAAGCUUCCAGCCCUAGUCGCGUUGUCAAUGUGUCUAGCAUUGCUCAUCAAGGUGGGAAAAUCCACUUUGAUGACCUUAACUUUGAUAAGAAGAGGUACAACCCAGUAACUGCCUACAAGCAGAGCAAACUGGCAAACCUCCUCUUUUCUAGGGAGCUGGCACGUCGGACCAAAGAGCUGUGGCGCUUCUCGCAGUCAAAGUACCCCACACUAAGUGCAGCGCUGUCGGCCCCUGCCUGGCUACUGAUGAAGACCCCCAGGCAGGGGGCCCAGACCACCAUCUACUGCGCUGUUACUGAGGGGCUGGAGGACAAGAGUGGCUGCUACUUCAGUGACUGUCAGGUGAAGGACCCAUCUCCUGAGGGGAGAGAUGAUCUUGCAGCACUGAGACUAUGGGGUGUCAGCACCGAGCUAGUGGGACUGAAAAAGAACAGCUGAUCAACUCGUCCUGUAACACACUGCCAACACACCUGCCAGAGCCACUUGGAUUGCUGCCUUUUAAUAUUCUUUUGACUUUUUAAAGUUAACUUUCAUAGCUUUCAUAUGAGAAGAGUUAUUACAGUAUAAUAUAUCCCUCUAUUGUAAGAAAUGUUUAUGUUUUUCCUUCAGGAUUGUAUUGCACUGCAGUUCAUCCUCAUUACAAAAUUAUUGUUGUAAACAUCAUGCUGAUAAAUUGACUGA